AUGCGUGGAGGGCUCGCACUCUUAAGAGAAGUGUUUGACGCUAUCCAUCCGCCAGCCAACCUUCCAGCUGUACUUGGUAACCCUACCAUUAAGUCAAAGCUGCAAACACUGAGAAGAAAUAGAGUCCUUACCUACCCCGAAUGGGACUGCCUUUACAACCCACCGUCAGGAGCUUAUGGAAAGUCGUCCGACUUUGACGUCACCUUACUAUGUAAACUGCUUCGAGAAAUAUGCAACCUUACCCCUUCCACCGGAUGGGACAACUUACCCAACAGCACUGAUCACAGCCGUGAGGCAGACGUGGUUAGAGUUAAGUUUUAUCGUAACACAAUUUAUGGUCACAACCACAGAAUGGAGAUAACAAAUGCUGAUUUUGAGAAGCUUUGGAUGGAAAUCAGUGAGGCCCUAUUGAGAAUUGCCGACAGGAUAAGUAGGGCAAAGAGAGAUGAGUGGAAGAAGUCCAUCGAAAACCUUUUCCGUGAUCCACUAACACCAGAUGCAAAGGAAUAUGUUUCAGAACUUCGGUUACGGUACAAAAAGGAUUUGGAGACUAAAGACGAGAUCGAAAAACUAAUUGAAAAAGUGGACCAGAAUGCCUGCGAGCUGGAAGAAAUCAAACUAUUACUCCUUCAGACGAGUCUGCAGAAUCGUCCAAAAGCUAUUGAUUUCUGGGACGUUGUCUGUGCAUUUAAGAAAACCCUAGAAAUGUUGCUAGAAUAUUUGAAAACAAAGCUUGGUGUUGUUGUUCAAGGAUUCAGACAAGGUAGUUUGAUCAUAACAGUUUCCUGCAGUUCAUUAGAAGUCCUUGAGGCUCUUUGGAAGGAUUAUCGCAGAGGACAUCUCAAUGAAGUGGUCCAAGAUACCCUUGUCACGGCUGAAGUUCUGAAAGAGAUUAACCUAAGUGAAGUGAAACUGAUGACCAUCAUUUCAGAAGACGAGUAA